ACGUAGCCAUCUGGCGGUGACCUUGGCGGCCUGCAUCAAAACACCCCGUCGAGCAGGAACGGGGAAGCGAGUUUCCUUGAGCAGGGCAGGCGAGCCGUGGUGACAUCACGACCUGACCCACCUGGGGACAUGAGGACCUGAAAACUCCACUCUGCACUGCCACCAUGGAUUCUGACCCUGAAAAUCUCGAUAAGCAGUUCAGCAAUCGCCUUUUGCUGCGCCAUGCCAGCCAAAACUCCCUUGAUGAGAGCUCUCAGAAACACAUUCCUCGCUCGGAGACAAAGCACAAGCUCCCUUACAGGAACCCGCAGCACUUUCCUCGGGCAUUUGAUAACCUGAACUUGAUGAGAAGGCAGAGUCAGCUGUGUGAUGUGGUCCUUGUGGCAGAUAGUAUGGAGGUGCCGGCCCACAAGAUGGUGCUGGCUUCUUGCAGUCCGUACUUUCAUGCCAUGUUCACAAGUUUUGAGGAGAGUCGGCAAGACAGGAUAGUGCUGCAGGGCAUUGAUGGAAGUGCACUGCAGCUCCUCAUUGACUAUGUGUACACAGCUGAGGUGCUGGUGACUGAGGAGAAUGUUCAGGUUCUACUGCCAGCUGCUAAUCUGUUGCAGCUGACAGAUGUAAGAGAUGCUUGCUGUGACUUCCUUCAGUCACAACUGCAUCCCACCAACUGUCUUGGUAUCCGAGCCUUUGCAGACAUUCACGGCUGUCUGGAACUGCUUUCCAUUGCAGAGAGCUAUGUGGAACAGCACUUCACUGAAGUAGUUGAGUGCGAGGAAUUCUUAUCGCUAACGUCUCAGCAAGUAACGAAGCUCAUCUCCAGUGACAGACUGACCACCCCAUCUGAGGAAAAGGUUUUUGAGUGUGUGAUGAGCUGGGUUAAUGGUGACCUUGCUAACCGGGAGCAGUAUUUGGCUGAGCUGAUGGAGUAUGUCCGUCUGCCAUUGCUCUCGCAAGACUAUCUCAUCCAGCGGGUGGAAGAGGAACCAUUGCUUAAGCAAGAUGCACAGUGUAAGGAUUACUUAAUAGAAGCCAUGAAAUACCACUUAUUGAAAGGGGAACAGAAAGCCCUCUUCAAGUCCCCUCGAACAAAACCCAGACAACCAGUGGGACUUCCUAAGGUGCUGCUGGUGGUGGGUGGCCAAGCUCCAAAGGCAAUACGUAGUGUAGAGUGUUAUGAUUUCAAGGAUGAGCGGUGGUUCCCUGUGGCCGAGAUGCCAACCAGACGCUGCAGGUGUGGUAUAGCUGUGAUCAACGGGAAAGUAUACGCAGUGGGUGGCUUCAACGGCUCGCUGCGAGUGCGGACAGUGGAUGUUUAUGACCCAGCACGUGAUUCCUGGUCCUCCUGUGCCAGCAUGGAGGCACGCAGGUCAACUCUGGGUGUAGCAACUCUCAGUAAUUGUAUUUAUGCUGUUGGUGGCUUUGACGGCUCUACAGGACUGAAUAGUGCAGAGAUGUAUGACUCAAAGGCACAUGAGUGGCGGAUGAUUGCACCAAUGUCUACCCGGAGGUCAUCUGUCGGAGUGGGAGUUGUCAGUGGUCUCCUGUAUGCUGUUGGAGGGUAUGAUGGAGCAUCCCGGCAGUGCCUGGCCUCAGUGGAGUGCUACAGUCCUGAUUCAGAUGUGUGGACAUCUGUGGCUGAGAUGUCGGCACGCAGGAGUGGAGCAGGUGUGGGUGUGCUGGAUGGGCUACUCUAUGCUGUUGGAGGUCAUGAUGGGCCACUGGUCAGGAAGAGUGUAGAGGUGUUCAAUCCAGACAAUAAUUGUUGGAGUCCUGUGGCUGACAUGAACCUAUGUCGAAGGAAUGCAGGUGUCGUGGCGCUCAACAGUCUCCUCUAUGUGGUGGGGGGAGAUGAUGGCACUUCCAAUCUUGCCUCUGUAGAAGUGUACAACCCCAAGACAGAUGUAUGGACACUACUGCCAGCUCACAUGGGCAUCGGCCGCUCCUAUGCUGGUGUCGCCAUCAUAGACAAGCCGGGUUUCUGAGAGGAGGCCGAGGGGGAGGGAGAAAAAGAAGACGGUGCAGGAUAAUGUCUGUGAUCUGUAGUCUGAGAGUCCUGCAUUUCUCCCCCUCUUUGUACAACAUCCUCUUCAGUGUGUAUUCUUUUUUUGUUUUUAUUUAUUUUUUAAUGUGUGUGUUUUUGGUGCGUGGAAUUAGUGAGGCACGUUGCUUGAAGCCUCCUGACUGUACUGUGGAGUUGGGCAGCUUUUCUUCCAAUCAUGGCAGCAACUUUGAAAAAUUCCAUAUAUUUUUUGAAAAUUUUGUGUUGGAUAGUCUAAAAUGUAUGUUUUUGUGUUGUAUUUUUUAUAUAUAUGCCUUUUCAGAGGUAUUUUUUAUUGAGCUCAGAAUUAUGGCUGGUACCAUAUUAGAUAUAGAAUCUUACAUUACACUACUGCUUUAGUUUCCUUAUAAGUCAACAGUUAGUUUAUCAGUUUUACUUGAGGGUGAUCACCUCACUCAUGACAUGCAGAGGUGAGUUCUUCAGAUAACAUUGUGAGUUUUCAUGCAACGAGAAAAGAAGAAAAAAGGAAGGCCCACUUAGGUUCCAGUCAUUAUGACAGAUAGAAACACUUAAUGGUUUUUAAAACGCCAGUGGUUACAUGAAAUGGCAGGGAAGUUUUGGUGGUAUGACUACACCAAAUCUGUGCUGUAAAAGUUCUUGCUAUAUGAAAAAUUGAUGUUAUUAACAAGUUACUUAUCUGUUAUCAGAUUAGCUACAUUGUAGUGAUAGGAAUAAUUUAUUUGGUAGUUCUUGCAUAGUCAGAAAUAUAAGUGUAAUUUUUUCCAUAGGUCUCUCAAUUUGUUGUGCAAGAAAUAACUGUGAGUACUGUUGAAGUAAUCUACAUUACUGAUUUGUUAAGUGAAAAGAGCUACUUCUCUGUGAAAAGCCUUUAGUGCCUUUGGUAGCAGCGUGUGUGGAAAGUCUUAGUGGUGACCUGAUAUAGACUUGUGGACUCUGUUCCCAGAGGAGUGCAAGGAGUCAUGUAUAACAAGAAAGGGGAAAAGGAAUGUGACCAGAUACUUAUCCAGUUCCAGUCAUUUAUAGAUUGAAAUUAUCAUACAGGUUGACUUGAUAUCGUGGCUUUGUUUAAUCUGUAGCCUCAUUUGAUUCAAUAUUUUCAGCUGACUACAAUCCCUACCUUUUAAACAUGCUAUGGCUGUGUGACUAGUUCACUGUGCAUGGCUGCAGAUGAUACUACAACCAUAGCAUCGUACUGGCUAGUUUUGAGCAGAAAAUAUUUCUUCCUUGGAUUUUUUUUAUUUUUACCCUAAUUUCAUGGUAGCUUUGGCUUUGAGGGAAGGAAGUGAUAUUUGUAGCACAAAAUGCAAAUCUAACACAUUAACAAUAGAAGAAGUGAAAGUGCUGCGAAAGCUGGACUGUGGUGCUUCUGAUAAUCUCUUGAUGUGAAGCUUAAGGCGUAAGAUUAUCAAUGUGCAAGGUAUAAAGAAGUAUUUGAAAAAGUUGAAGCAGUUCCCUGCUGACAAUGAAUCAAAGAAACAUAUGCAUACAAAAAAACAAUGAAAGAUGGAAAGAAUGAAGAUCAUGAUUAAGUAAUGAAUUACUGGAUUUGAUAGCUAAGAAGUGACAUUUAAGACAUCUGACAUGGUGGUGAUGGAACAAGCUUGGUUUAGAACAUCAACUGUGAGUAUACUCUAGAAGGGUUGCAGAGAUUUAAGAAGUGCCAAACAAUUUCAUUUUGAGUGAAAAUAUAUCAACUAAUGAGGAAUGAAAUAUAUUAGAGAUGUCAAUGAUUAAACCUCAGAUACUCUAGGGCAUUGGCUAAUGCAUAGAUGGCUCUAGAACCAAGGAUGCCAAAAUAUUGAUGUGUUUGUGUCACAGACUCACUGUCAUGUAGCACCCCACAUAAAUUAUCUGAUUUGCAGAAGGGUAUUUUUUACUGUGCUAAGAGCUGUUAACAUGUUAUUAAUAAUGUGUAUUCCCACUGCAAAUCUGUAAAAUUCUAUUCAUGUGAGACAGGAAAGCCGAAAAUGCAUUUGUGAUAGUACUAGAACAACAAAAUUCUGUGGUGGCUUUACUAUGGAAAACAAUAUUAAACAAAGAGGGCUGAUAAAUAAUAUCCUUAGAUGGGGAUGGUAUCAUUUGAAAACAGAUUUUUUAGAUUUUUAGUUCAGAGCUCAUAGAAGACCGAUUUUUAUAAUGAUGCCUUAAAGAUUUGUUUGUAUCAUCUUUUUUCAUAUACUGUAUUACUGUACUUUUAUAGCACAACUUCCCUGUAUUAAUAUCUUUGUACAGUUAUUUCUCGAUUUAUGCAUGUUUAGAAUGUGUGAUUUUGGAAUAACACGAGGUAAACAAAUUGUAAUUUUUCCAGAGUAGUACAUGGAUUAUUUAGAAUAACACGAUGUCAAGAAAAUCAAGUUGCACAGCUGGAAGACUAAGACAAAUAUUUUCAAGAUGCUUUGCUGGUAUGGCAAGUCUUGAGAAUUACAAGAUUCUAUGAGAUGUUUAUUUAGGUUGCUAUACUUGUCAUCAUAGCUGAUUGCAGCACAGAGGUGCCUCACCUCCAAGGACAGCUUGUGAUGCAUGAUAACUGUUGUCAGGAAGGUCAGUGUAUGCUGUCUUGCUGUCAGUUAGAUGUCAUUACUAUAGCAAUGAUGAUCCUUUGUUUUAUUCCAGCUGAGAGGUGAACAAAAGCAUUUGAUACUGGAUUCAUGUUGCAGGGAGCAUGGCAUGCUUUGCUCUCAAAUGCAGGGCUGGGUCUGGAAUGGAUUAAUCCAUUUUACAUUGAAUCCUGUGGUGAAAAUGGAACCUCAAACAGUGUACAGUUUAGUUCAAUAAUUAUGUUCAUUUUAUUCAAUUUUUUUUUCAUUUUGUGAUCACUUCUGGAAUGUAUCUCUUGCAUAAAUCGAGAAAUCCCAGUACAAGAACAUUUCAAAGUGAACCUCUUCUGAUGCCAGGUUGAACAGAAAUUUGGGCCAUGAGUUUUAGAAAAUUAGUUUUUCAGUGUUGUGUUCUUUGAAGAUAAACAUAUUUCAGUCCUUUUUUUUUUUUUUUUUUUUUUUCAGAUGAAAACUAAUGUUUAGAGAUGUGUGAUGGUAAUGUGUGUUGUUUAUAUUGAUGAAAAUUCUUGUACAGGAAAAUUAUCAGAAAAUUUUGUAUUUGAUAGUUAUUCUAGUUGGUGGUUGAAAAUAUACAAUAUAAGAAAUAUAGUAAUGGAUGGGUUCUAUCAAUGAAAAAUCUUAUUUUGAGAAGUUAUCAGAAAAUUUUGGAUAUGAUUAUAACCAUAAUUGUUGGAUCUCUUUCCUCCUGGAAUGUCCAGUCUCUUGGGUCUUGGCUGGCUACAUUGCUCAUAGAUUGAGGUAUUUGUUAAUAGUUGUCACUGGAAAGUGAUGCUCCUAAAAAAUUGCUGCCAUUGCUGAAAGUUCAAGAUGAAUGCUGAUCCUUUAUACUUUGUAAAAUAAGUUUGAAUAUAAUUUAUCAGAUUUAGAAUCAGAAACUGAAUAGUUUGUUUAUUUGGGAUGAUAAGAAUGUGUUGAAUUUGAUGAAAAUUUAUCUUGUACAUAUAUGUACUUGUUAUGGCCAUAGCUGGCGGCAUAAUGAAAAAAAUUACCACAGUAACCGAUAAAUUGAUAAUGAUAACCUUAUCGGCAUUAACAAUAACUGGUAAUAGAUUUAUUGCCCAGUUACUGAAAAAGAUAAAUUGAUAAAUCCAAAGUUCCAAUGCUAGCAAUAACAAUAUUCAUAUUUUAGGUAAAAAAAGAUAAAUCCAAACUUAUUUCUAUCUUUAAGAAAACUUUCAAAAAUCUUAGAGAAAUUUAGUUCAAUGUUUAUCUUGUCUUUUCACUGAUGAAAAAUAGUUUUUGAUAAAACAACGAUCUAUAUUCAGUUUUGAAAUUUUGAAAUUACAACAUGCUCAUGUUCCAAACUAAUAUUAACGAGUAUCACUAGUUUGGAAUAAAAAAUAUUGACGAUGCCAUUGAUUUGGUAACUCAAGAAAUAAUAGUUAUUGGAUAAGGGAUAAUCCAAUAUUGUUAUCGCAAUAAUGCUCACCUGUGGUUAUGGCCGUGUUGGAAGAAAAACCUGUAUGAUUUAUUCCAAGGAAGUGCCAUCCUCCAAACAUGAUUUUUGUUAGUUGGCCUUGCAUUAAUGAUAUUACAUGCUCACUUUAUAUAUUUAUUUAACUAUGUAUUACAAUGUGUAGGAAA